AUGACGGACUCUCACCAUAAUAUCCAGAGCAUUCUAGCUGCGCUCGCAUCCCAGCGGCCCCCGACAGGAACACCUACCCAGACACCACCUGGCGCCCCCAGUCAGGCAUACCCUCCCCCGCCCGCGUCCACGCAGCCCGCGGCCGCAUACCAGCAGCCGCCUAUGAACUCCAGUGGCUAUGGCGCACCUGGAUACAAUGGCCUUCCUGCACCAUCGUCUAGCGGAAACCUCGACUUGAGCUCGAUUCGGCCUAUUAAUUCAGGCACAUUGAGCAUUACGGAUGCGAUCGCUCAAGCCAAGGCUUACGCCGCCGAGAAAGGAGUCACUUCCUACGACCGUCCCUUGGUUUACGCCUCCGAAAACCGAGGACCCGAUCGAGGAUACAACCGUUCGCGAUCGCGAUCUCCUGCUCGUGAUGAGUUUCGUGAUGGUGUGAACCCCUACAGAGAUGAACGACGCGGUGGUGACCGCGGCUCACAUGGUCGAGGCUAUGAUCGGGAUCGUUCUUACUCGCCUGGUCCUCGCGGUCGCAACUUCUCCCCUCGAGAAGGGAGCGGACGCGAGAGGUCCCCAUUGAGAGGGGGAGAUGACAACUCUGAAACAAUUCAGAUUGAAUCCAGUUUGGUAGGCCUUAUUAUUGGCAGACAAGGAGAGAAUCUCCGACGCAUAGAGGCAGACUCCAACUGCCGUGUCCAAUUUCUCGCCCCAACUGAUGGUGGCCCGGGCCCUUAUAGGCAGUGCAAGAUCUCCGGACCAAGACACCGCCGCGGUGAAGUGAAGGAAGCGAUCAAUCGUAUCAUAGAGGAUAGCGGUAUGGGUGCCCUUAACCGCCCCGAGAAGCCUCGCGACCCCAACAAGGGUGGCGCAACCGCUCUACGUGAAGGAGAAGACCACAUGCAAAUCAUGGUUCCUGACAGGACAGUUGGUUUGAUAAUUGGACGUGGUGGAGAAACUAUUCGUGAUCUUCAGGAGCGCUCCGGCUGUCACAUCAAUAUCGUUGGUGAAUCCAAGAGCGUCAAUGGACUACGACCUGUCAACCUCAUUGGCACCCGGGAGGCUGCUGCCCGUGCAAAGGAUUUCAUUAUGGAAAUCGUCGACAGUGACAGUCGAGGUGAUGCGCCCCCACCUGUCAAGAGGCUUGGUGGUGGAGGAUCCGCUCCUCCUGCUCGCCAUGAUGGUCCUCAGCAAAGGGAUAUGGGCGGUUCGGGUGGCCCUGACAAGAUCAACGAUGCCGUCUAUGUGCCUUCGGAUGCGGUAGGUAUGAUCAUUGGCAAAGGCGGCGAGACAAUCCGUGAGAUGCAGAACACUACUGGCUGCAAGAUUAACGUCGCCCAAUCUUCUGGACCUGGUGAGACCCAGAGGGAGAUUGCCUUGAUCGGUUCUCGCGAUAGCAUUGCGCGAGCCAAGCAGGCUAUCGACGAAAAGGUGGAUGCAGUGCGACAGAAAGGAAGUGGUCCACGUGGCGGCGGCGGUGGCCGCGGACACCAGGAUCUUGACAGGCCCAGCUAUUCUCAGCAGCAAACUCCUAGUGCACCUACUAACCAGCCCCCUCAACCGGCUUCAGGCGACGGAUCAGAUCCAUAUGCCCAGUACGGUGGCUACCAAAACUACCUUGCGUUGUGGUAUCAGUCCUUGGUGUUCCAGCAACAGCAAGGUGGUCAAGGUGCUCCCCCUGCCGGCGCUCCUGCACCUGGGGCAUAG